AUGAAAUCAGAUGAAGAUUUAGAUCGUUCCUAGAAUCAUAAAAUGCCUAUUGAAAUGGUAUUGUGGGAUUAAGAUUUAGAAAGCAAGUAAAGACUAUUAUGCAAAAUAUGUAUAAAUAAUUUAGAAACAAAUGCGAAUAUGAUGAGUUUUUCAAAAGUUUUAUAGUUAAUAGAAUAAAAUAAAAAAAAUAAAAGAGAAUCAGUAGAUAAUGUUGUAAUGAUAAAUAUUAAAGAGAUUGAAUGACUUCAAUUUGGAAUUCAAGAUUUGAAAACAAACUUUCUAUUAUAAAUAGAUCAAUUAAUAGGAAAUACACAUGAAUGGAUCAAACAUUUGAAUUCUAUUGGAUUUGAGAAUCUUCAGUAUAACUUUUACGAAGAAUUAGAAAAAUAAAUAAAAAAAUUUAAAGUUUAGGAAUUGAAUUUAUAAUCUUUAAUUGAUUAAAUAAUUAAAGUUAAUCAAUAAUGGUAUCAAAAGAUAUUUAAGAAACUGGUUUAAAUGAAAACUUGUGAAGUCAUUGAGAAAUGCUAAUAAUAAUUAAGUCAUAUAGAAACAAUUAAUUCAUAUAUUUUUUCAGGAGAAAUAUAAUUAAAAUUGAUUGAUGAUAAAGUUAAAUAGCAAAAGAAUUGUUAUUAGAUAGUAUUUGAUAAUUCUGGAUAAAUAAUGGUAUCAAAUAGUAAAGAAGAGAUAAAAAUUUGGAAUAUCAUGAAUGGAACAUUUAAGUUGUUGAAUACUUUUAUGAUACAUAAACGCAAUAUUAAUUGUUUGUUGUAUAGUAAGUAUGUGAAUAAUUUUAUUUCUUGUUCAGAUGAUUCAACAAUUAGUUGUUGGAAAUAAAUUACUUAAAUAAUUGGAAGUGGUCAGAACCAUUUAAAAAUCAUACUAAUUCGGUUUAUUGUUUGGUAUUAAAUAAAUAGGAAACUCAACUUUUUUCAGGAGGUCAUGAUUCAACUAUUAAAAUUUGGAAUUUUGAUUUUUAAAACAAUAAUUUGACAUAUAUCUAUUCAUUAAAUGGACAUAAAAAUGGAUCUUAUUCUAUAACCCUAAAUGAUUCUGAGACUGUUUUAGCAUCUUGUGGAUAUGAAAAUUUAGUUAUUUGGGAGAAGGGAUCAUAAGGGGAAUGGAUAUAAAAUGAUACUAAACUAGAAUCUACUGGAUGGAAUAUUAAGUUCAUAAAUGAUUCCUAAUUGUUUUAGAUAUCAGAUGAAUAAAAGAUUAAUGAUAUCAAGAUCUAUGAAAAAAUUGAUGGAGAAUUCAAGCCAAAUAAACAAAAAUCCAUCUCAUUAGUUCGAGAUUCUUAGUUUUCUGAUAAUGCUUUUUCAAGUAUCAUAUAUAAUAAGGAAAAAAAUAUAAUAUUGAUAAGGAAAAAUGAGUAUUUCUAUAUAAUAAGAAAAUAAAUUAAUGGGAAAUUUUAAGUUGCAGGUUAAUUGAAAUGUGAAACCAGUUCCAUUUCUGGAACAUUAACAAAUGAUGCUAAAUAUUUGAUUUUUUGGGACGAAAAAUAGCAAAAAUAUCUUUCAUAUGAAAUAAUAAAUUUAUGA